ACUAUUAGUGUUUAUCAUCACUCUUUUUCCAAUUAAUGGCUCUAACAAAGUUUACAAAAAUCCAAUCAGGUGGUGGUGGUGGAGAGGAAGUAAUUGAAGAUGACAAAAUAAGCCAACAAACUACGGAGCUAAUUCUCUCCCUUCCAAGAGAGAAAGGUUGGAGAACACCAUAUGUGUAUCUAUUCCAAGGGUUUUGGUGCCAACCACAUGAAAUACAAGCCAUAAUCACUUUUCAAAAGCACUUUCAAGCCAAGGACAGUGAUGUUCUUGUGGCCACUGUGCCAAAAUCAGGCACCACAUGGUUGAAGGCCCUUACCUUUGCCACUGUGAGCCGCCACAACUUUUCUUCCUUCAACAAGAACCACCCUCUUCUCAAUUUCAAUCCCCAUGACCUUGUACCCUUUUUUGAGUACACAGUUUAUGAUAAGCAUGACAAGGUUCCUGACUUGUCCAACAUGCAUGAGCCAAGACUCUUUGGAACUCAUGUUCCAUUUGCUUCAUUGUCCAAAUCAAUCAAAGAUUCCAAUUGCAAGGUAAUCUACAUCUGCAGGAACCCUUUUGACACUUUCAUCUCUUCUUGGUUUUUUGCCAACAAAAUCAAGCCAGGGUCACUACCCACAUUGGCACUUGAUGAGGCUUUUGAAAUGUACUGUAAAGGGGUGGUUGGUUUUGGCCCAUUUUGGACUCACAUGCUUGGUUAUUGGAAGGAGAGCAUAGAGAAACCAAACAAGGUUCUGUUCUUGAUGUAUGAGGACCUCAAAGGGGACAUCAAUUUUCACCUGAAAAGGGUAGCUGAGUUCUUGGGUUGUCCUUUCACCUUGGAGGAAGAAAAUAGAGGUGUGAUUGAGAACAUAAUCAAGUUGUGUAGCUUUCAGAAAAUGAAGGAAUUAGAGGUAAAUAAGUCUGGUACAUUUGGCAGGAACUUUGAAAAUAAGUUUUUGUUCAGGAAGGGUGAAAUAGGGGAUUGGGUUAAUUAUCUUUCGCCUUCGAUGGCGCAGAAAUUAACCAAAGUCAUGGAAGACAAGUUAGGUGGGUCUGGUUUGACAUUUAGAAUGAACUCUUAAUUAUUCUGUCUAGUGGUGCAUGUUGGAUAUAGUUCUAGCUAGGAAUCACAAUCACCAUGGACAGUGAUGUUAAUUAUAUAUGACUAAUGUUGUAUGUAAAUAACUAACUAGCUGUACUAAGGUGAGUUCCUAGCCAUGCAUGUGUGUUGCGUUAAUGUGUGCUGCAAAUGUUGUUUAUGGAAUUUCCUUUUUAGAAUAAAAAGGGUUUAUGUUGGCCCCUGAGACCACAUGGGUAGGGUAGCAAGGAGCUCAAUUAUUUCCAUCAGGAACCAGUUGGAAAAAAAAUCUAUGAAUGCAUGUAGCCUUGUUACAUAUUUGUAUCAAUUAUAUAUGCUUAUGGUUGUUAAA